UUCUCCCUUGGACUGUCCAAAGCAGUUUUCCUGCAUACUCUCAAUCAGACGCCCUUCCCUUGGGUUUCUACCCCACGUCUGCUUUCCUUCCUGAGAUGAGAUGGAAACAUGUCUGUCUGACAAGUGAUCAUCCUCUUCAUAAAAAAAUGAUACACACACCCUUUUUAUGUAUUACCAGGGUGUCCCCAAAAUCUGGGCUAUGUUCCGAACUCAGGGAGAACCCUAAAUACAGGGAGGGAGAACGAAAGAAUGAUUAACGUAGCGGGCUCAGGGCCUCGGGGGUCUGGGGGCUCGUUCGGCCAUACACCAUUACGUCAUGUCAAAGCUGGUGCCUGGAAGGGUGUCCAGCAAACAACAAGUGCCCACUUUGUGCCAUGCGCCGAACUGGGCAUUGGGGAUGCUAGUACAAAGGUUGAAACGGUCCCUCCUUGCAGCGUGCUCUCAUUUCUAAAGAAUGGAUUUUCAUCUUCCCUCCCUUCUUUUUCUCCUCCCCUCAGGGGUUUGCAGGAGUCAUCAAUGCUCCAUUCUUAAUCUGUACCGCUGCGCAAGCAAGCCGGACUCCAGCGGCUUCCAACCAACCUGCGGCCAAACCUCUGUUAUUAAAGAUAUUUCCUUUUUUUUUGUCCUCUCAUUGCCCUCUCAGCGUCUUUAUUGUUACCCGAGACCGAAUAGGGUGCAUUUAAACCCUGAUCUAUAAAAGGUUUUGAAAACUUGGCUGCACCCUUCUUAGGUCGCCUCAAGGAACAUAGCCAUUGUUUUAAAAAUAAGCCGCAUCAUCUCUCUACUUCUGGGUAGUGUCCCGGCUAAUGAGGAUUCCCAGACCUUGCCUGCUGGACCCAAAUGCUUGGAGAGAAACGAUUUCUCCAGGUCCUCAUUUCUGCCCACUACCCGUCGCCACUUGGAAAACAUGAAUAAACCGAUGAAAGGGGGAAAAAUGCUAAUAACUCCAUUAUAACCGGGCUUUUCAUUGUCUCCUUAAGCAUAAAUCUAGAGAGUAAAUAUCUUAGAUAUGAAAUGGCUAGACAAUAAUAUGAAUCUUGGGACUGUUCUUUGGUCAAUAAAAGGAUUCUACUAUAUGCUAAAAAUGUUCGUUUAAUGGGAAUACUAACUUCCCACUACCUCCACCAUUUUUUUUUAACACAGAAGAAAGUAAAGUGAGAUACAUAAGCAAAUUGGAGCCUUUAAAUUGCACCCAAAUGAUUCUUUUGUCUGUUGCCUCAAAUGGCAUAACAUACUGCUAAAAUUGGCAUCAACUUGUAAAGGAACUUCCUUUGGACCAAUUCCACUGAAGACUGUAUCCAGGGCUAAUGCUGGUCAUUUUAAUCUUAAGGUCCUGCCAAUGUAUCUUUCAAAACUAUAUUAUAUUGGAUCCAUUGCCUUGAUCAUAUUUAGCUCUGGCCCUGACAAAAGAUAAUGCCACUUAAUUUUAGUUUCUUCAGCUUUUUUAGUCAUAUAGAAUGGCCAUGGUGGCACUUCAGUUUUACCUCUAGUAUAUCAGUUUACACUUGAUGUAUAAUUCAUUAUUCUGAGGACAUGAAGCUGAAAGAGAGCUGUGAGCUCUAUGCACUGGAAAGUAGUUAGUGAAAACAGGUUAUUUUGCUUUUCUAAUUAAGAGUAAGACUUCAUUUAAAAAUUCAUUCUAGAUUUAGUUUUGUGCAUCGUAAUUUUCUUUAAAAUACUAGCCUUUUGAACAUGAAUUUAAUGUCUGAAAGUUGCAGUUGAUGAAGUGUUUUAUCAUUAAUAUUAUAUUAAUAUGUUUGCUGCUGCUACCAAGAGCUUUGUUAAGCAAGUUGGAGAUGGAGGGAGAUUAGUUCCUGUUCCAAGCCUCAGUGAAGCUGACAAAUAUCAACCUCUGAGCCUUGUGGUUAAAAAGAAAAGAUGCUUUUUGUUACAGAGAUCUAAAUUUACCUCUACACCUUUCACACUGAAUGAUAUUCUUCUAGGAGACAGAGAAAUUUCAGCUGGUAUCUCAUCCUACCAAUUACUGAAUUAUGAAGACAAAUCAGAUGUUUCACUCAAUGGAAGGCGAGGAAAUCAUAUGGUUAAUGACGUUGGAAUUAAUGUUACUGGGUCAGAUUCCAUUGCAGUAAAAGCUUCCUUUGGCGUGGUAACUAAGCACGAAGUGGAAGUAACAACAUUACUCAAGGAACUUACUACUAGAAAAAUUAACUUUGAUCACUGCCUAAUCCGUCAAUCAAUGAGUAGUAGAAAGGCAGUAUUGUGUGUGGUCAUGGAAAGUAUUAGAACAACACGCCAGUGUUCAUUAUCUGUGCAUGCUGGAAUGCGUCGUGGGGAAGCAGUGAGGUUUCACAUUAUUGAUGAACAAAAUCCAAAGGGAAGAGACAAAGCUAUUGUUUUUCCAGCACACACAACCAUAGCUUUUAGUGUUUUUGAACUUUUCAUUUAUUUGGAUGGUGCCUUUGACCUUUGUGUCACUUCAGUGUCAAAAGGAGGAUUUGAAAGAGAAGAAACAGCAACAUUCGCGAUACUCUACAGAUUAAGAAAUAUACUGUUUGAACGAAAUAGAAGGGUGAUGGAUGCCAUUGCUCGCUCAGAACUUUACAUGGAUGACCUUUUCUCAGAUUACUACUAUGAUAAACCCCUCAGUAUGACUGACUUCUCUCUCAGAGAAGGGACUCAUGUCCGAGUUAACUUACUCAAUCACAAUAUUCCAAAAGGGCCUUGUAUCCUCUGUGGAAUGGGGAACUAUAAAAGGGAAACUGUUUAUGGAUGCUUUGAGUGUUCUUACAAUGGACAAAAGUAUGUAAGGCUUCAUGCUGUGCCCUGCUUUGACAUUUGGCACAAGAGAAUGAAAUAAAAUGAGUGCUUUUGA